GCUUCUUCAGCACUUCCUGCGAAUCACCCGGAUCUCGGUGAAUGCGCCUUUGUCCUCACAGCACCCAUGCCUUCCCAUCUCUGGCCAGUAGCCUGAGGGUAUAGCCGUCCACAGGCUGUGCGUGUAUUGGGAGUCGUUCAACCUCACUGGUGUCCUCACGAUCAGUCCAAACCAUUGGACGGGAAGUUGACGCUCAUCAGAGUCAUCAGCCUUCCCAACAUAUAUUCAGCAUGGUGGAGCGAUCAACGGAGAAUGUCGUUGGAUUCGGCCAAAACGAGCAUCGCAUAUGUGUCACCACUCGUAUCCAGACUCGCUUUUGCCUUUCGCCAUCUACCAUGGCUGACCACCACAACGGCGCCUGUCAGACAGGAUGUGGGUACGUCGAUGCCUUACGAACCCAUCUGGCACCGUCGACGGCCGGUCACCUGCGCCUGAGAUCUUCGCCCUCGUCUCCGUGUCCGGAGGGCAACACUCGAUCAACACGAAUCGGGUCCGACUCGUCCAGGAAGCUCCAAAACUGCGAGGCUCCAAUGAUUGUAGUCGGCGGCCAACGUCUCGAUCCAGAGCCCUUUCUUGCCAGUGGCUCCCGUCACGCCCCGGUGCAUCCAGUGCCGUGUCUCGAUUGUGUCCCUAACCUCCUAUUGCUUGUCUCCCAGUCCGGGAACUUUCAUCACUCUCAAGUUUCCGCGAAUCCGCGUGAAACAGCCGCGGUAAAAAGAAGGCAACAUUCGCCUCUUUGGUGGCGGCCCGACGGCUCAUUGUGGGACGGGAAAGUGCGGUCGACUGUUCGGUCUCGAUGGGGAAGUUUCUUCGGAGUCGUGCUGGCUGCGGUUUGCUUUCUUCGUCCUCACUGGGACGGUUUACGAGAGACACUGGGAAUACUGUCAGCAUCCAACCACUGGGUUAGUAUCGCCGCCAAGCCGCAGUGCCGCUGCUCGGAAAUGAUCGCUGAGGAAGAUGCUCGCAGCUUUCCUCAAUGAGUAACGCUUGCCGAGGACAAAUCCGAUGAGGAACCAGUCGUGAGCCAUGGUGGCACCGGCGAUGACAGCUGAGGGUUGUAUGUCGCGGC